AUGCCGGGACUCAAGAACGCUGCUUGCGGUCGCACUGCGACCUGGCCCAACUUCGAUGACCGACCGGAGCUGCGAACGCUGCGCGGGCGGUUCCUGCGGCGCUUGCACCUAACGCUUCUCUACGGUCUCUGGGUAAUUGGCCUGCUGUUCUUUGCUGCGAUGUGGGUCUUUUCGCUCUUGUGUCUAGUGCUGUGGAUCUGGAGGAGAGUGACAAGCGCGGAGCCAGCUCCGAUGCCCCUCGCGGCGCAAGCCUACUUGGGAUUCAUUAUGUUGCAUGAGAGCUACCACUACGCGACGAAGCCGUCACUUCACCAAUGGCCGUUCAUGAGGCACUUCUUCCGCUACGUGUUCCUGCAUUACCCGUACUUCCGACUCAAUGUCACGGUCUUCGACGAGCGCGAGAAGGCAAAACAGCCUAAAGAUGAGUCUAACAGUGGCGAUGACGGCAAGUGCAACAAGGCAAUCGCUAGCAAGACGAUCGAAGAGAACGACCUAUCACCCUCCGUGAAGCCCGACGACCGCGCGCUGUUCGCCUUCCACCCGCACGGCGUCCUCUCUAGUGGAUUCGCGUUCAACGGCGCUCACCACAUGAGCUUCCUGCACGCGCAUUGUCGCUGGCUCGUGGCCGAAAACCUCUUCUGGUUCCCAGUCAUGCGCGACCUGCUCAACUGGAUGGACUUCAGCUGCGUCUCCAGAGCCACCUUCCACCGCUUCAUGGCCACCGGUCAAAACGUCUGCCUGAUCCCCGGCGGCUUCGAAGAAGCGACACUCUACAAGCGAGGCAAGCACCGAGUGUACAUCAAGAAGCGCUUCGGAUUCAUCAAGCUGGCUCUGCAGCACGGGUACAAGGUGCACCCGGCCUACACGUUCGGCGAGGAGUACGCGUACCACACCUUCCCGUACCUGCUGCAGCUCCGUCUCAAGCUGAACGAAUUCAAGAUCCCCGGGGUGCUCUUCUUCGGCCUCCCGCAGUGCUUCUUCCUGCCUUGCACCGACGUGGACCUCAUCACCGUCGUGGGGGAGGAUUUGGUGCUGCCGCGCAUCGAGCAACCAACGAAAGAGGACGUUCAGAAGUACCAUGCGCAGUACGUGCAAGCUCUUCAGAAGCUGUUCGACAAGUACAAGUCCGUCUACGCCGUCGACCCGGAGGCGAAGCUGGAAAUUUACUAA